AAGACAAGAGUCAUGUCGUACCAGGUCCAGGUACCGAACUACGACACGACGACCGGCGCGCCGCUGCCGGCGGGCUGGGUCCGCUGGGUCGAUCCAGAGAGCGACGAGUUCUACUAUCACAACGAGACGACGGGCGAGACGACCUGGGACGACCCCACGCGCUGGAAGGUGGGCCUGCUCUUCGAUCGACUCAGAGGCGAACCACCGAAGGAUGCACCUCUGUAUAGGCCGCGGACGAUCGAGUGCGCCUUCGCGGAGUACUCUUCUGCUGAUACUGAUGAAAGCGACGGCGACGCGCCCGUCACGCUGCGCGUCUACGACGUGAGUUUUAGGGGUGCGGGAGCGCUCAAUUCAUUGCUGAAUGGCUCGUCUGGAGCGUUCCAUACGGCCAUCGAGGUGCACGGGCUAGAGUGGUCAUUUGGCGCCACAGCAGACGACGACGACGACACGAGCGGCAUUUUUUGUUGCGACCCGGCGUCGGCCCAGCCGCACCGCUACCGCGAGGCCAUCUCGUUGGGCCGCACGAAGAAGUCGCCCGUCGACGUGUUCAAUAUCCUGCUGCGGCUCGCGCCGUUCUGGCUCGGGAAGUCGUAUGACGUGCUGCGGAAGAACUGCAACUCGUUCUGCAUCCUGUUUUCCGGCGAGCUGGGCGCCGACGCGCCGCCGCCGUGGACGCACCGAUUGGGCGACGGCGCCGCGGCUUUAGAUGACCGGGUCUCGCGGCUGCUGGAGACGACAGGCUUGGGUGGUGGGGACGAGCCGCGCGCCGACGGGCCGGCGGCGGUGGUCUGGGACCAUCCUCAGUGGUGUGCGCGCCACUUCGACUCGUUGGCAGAAGCGGAACGUUUGUGGGCCGCCCUGCCGCUCGCGCACGCGGCUUGUUUUUUCGUGCGGGACGCUCCCUCAUUAACUAUAGACGGCGCCGACGCGCCGGCCGUCGAGUGGACCCUGCACAAAUCUUAUGGGUUGCCCCACGCGACGGCGCGCAUCCGAGACCGGUUCGCGUCCACGCGCGCGCUGCGGCGGCGCGCGCCGCCGCCCGUCCGGCCCGCGGCGAACCUACUGCGACCGCCGCGACGGCCUCUGGGAGCUAGCGAGUCGAAGGAGGUAGAAUUGUAAGUUCCUUGUUGUGUACCUUGUUUGCGAAGAACACUCCCGAGGGGCGACGGCGUAUGAGGGUGUGCGGUCGCGCGGCGGGGAGAUUGUUCAAGUUCAAG